AUGAGCGAUACAGAUAGCAGUGAUGCACUUAGCGACGUCAGUUUAGAUGAAGAGGACGAGGAACUAAUUUGGAGAGUGUUUUACAACACGCGUGAGCGUAACUUGAGAGCCGAGAGCCAUGAAUUUGAGAUGGACGAUCAAGUCGAAGUCGAAAGCAUAAGCGAUUUGUCUGACAUUGAUGAGCCAGAGCUAGUGAAUGAAUACCGCAACCUAAAAAACGGUACAAUAGGUCAAAAUUUGACACAAGAGGAGAAAAACAAACUUAUUGUAAGUGCAUUUUCUGAGGAUCAUAUGGAUCGGUUUGUUGCUUACCGACGUGUAGGUAUAAACAAACCAGGAAUAAAGAAACUAUGUAACGGCUUCCUUGGCCAGUCAGUAUCCCAGAAUAUGGCGAUUGCACUUUCUGGUAUAUCAAAAGUAUUUUUAGGGGAGAUAAUUACAAGGGCUUUUGAAAUCCAAGACCGCGAAUACCGGGCACAAUUAAGGGACGAAAUAGAAGACAAAAAGAAAAAGAAACUGGAACGAAUUACGAAGUUGGACAACAAAGAAACUGACGAGACUGAAAGUGCUGGCCUUCCAAGGCUUGAGUACAAUGGUGAUACUACACGACCCCUCCAACCAUGCCACAUUCGGGAAGCUUGGAGGCUUUAUAGGCUUGAGAAUGAAGGGGCAUUCAGUGGACAAAGACGAAGACAGGGUGAAGCAGAUGGCAGGUUCUUUCGUUGA